AUGGAGCCCGUGGGGCGCCGCGCUGCCCGGGGAGGGGAGGGGGCUCCGGGGGGGUUUGGUGGGGGACAGGUCCUGAAGCCCUAUGACAGCUUCAUCCGCGCCCACCUGCGCUUCUACGGCUACUUCCGAGACGAGAAGAUGGGCAGGGAAGAGACUGCCGUGUCCCUGGGGGAACGCUCCGGGCAGCAUCCCAAGGCAUCCACCAUGGGCAGCACUGGCCCUGGCUGGCAGCGAGGUGCUGGGCACAAGGCAAACCGAGAGUCACAGGCUCCAUUCUCCUUCCCUGCUCCCCGCUGGCCUGUGGAGUGUGAAGUCAUCCCGGAGACGAUUGAGCACAUCGAGUGGGUCCCCCACAAACCAGAGCCCUUCUGCCCACCCAUGGGCCCAGAGCAGCCCACGUACAGUCUCAGUGAGGAGCAGGGCACCAUUGUCUACCACUGCAGCCCAGCGCUCCAAGGCUCCUGCUUUACCCAUGCUCGGGUUGGGGGGGCCCCGGGGCCACUCUCCUCGCCAGCAGCCCCCUUGGAGGGUCCACAGGACACCACGCUGCUCUUCGAGUCCCGCUUUGAGAGUGGGAACCUCCAGAAGGCCAUCAAGGUAGGUCCCUACGAGUACGUGCUGAUGCUGCGGCCGGACCUGUACACGGCCAAACACACGCAGUGGUUCUACUUCCGUGUCCAAAACACGCGGCAGGAGCCGCUCUACCGCUUCACCAUCGCCAACAUGGCCAAGCCCAAGAGCCUCUACGGCCAGGGCCUGCGGCCCCUGCUCUACUCCCAGCAGGAUGCCCAGAGCCGCGGCAUAGGCUGGCGCCGCGUGGGGAGCGACAUCCGCUACUGCCGCGGCAGCGCCGGGGAGCCGCCGCUGUCCCGGCCCAGCGGGGGGGGGCCGCCGCUGUCCCGGCUCAGCUGGACGGUGCGCUUCCCGCACGACGGCGACACCUGCUUCUUCGCCGCCGGCUACCCCUACACCUACUCGGAGCUGCAGCGCUACCUGCGCGGGCUGGCGGCCGACCCGGCGCGCUCCCGGCUCUGCACGGUGCAGGCGCUGUGCCGCAGCCUGGCCGGCAACCGCGUCUACCUGCUGACCAUCACCGGCCCGGGCGGCACGGCCGGCAAGCGCGUGGUGGUGGCGAGCGCCCGAGUGCACCCCGGCGAGAGCGGCGCCUCCUGGGCCAUGAGGGGGUUCCUCGAUUUCCUGCUCAGCGGCCACGCGGACGCGCAGCUCCUGCGCCGCCUCUUCGUCUUCAAGGUGGUGCCCAUGCUCAAUCCCGACGGGGUGGUGGUGGGCAACUCCCGCUGCUCCCUGGCGGGACGGGAUCCCAACAGGGCGUAUGGGAUGGCGCUUCCCGGCUCCUUCCCUGGCGUGUGGCACCUGCGGGCCAUGGUGCAGAGGGUGCUGGCGGAGCAGGAGGUGGUGCUGUACUGCGACUUCCACGGGCACAGCCGGAAGAACAACGUCUUCAUGUACGGCUGCGAUGCCGGCGGGGAUGGCACCGGGGCGCGGCUGUGCCAGCGCGCGUUCCCCCUGAUGCUGAGCAAAAACGCCCCCGACAAGUUCUCCUUCUCCAGCUGCAAGUUCCAGGUGCAGAAGAGCAAGGAGCGGACAGGCCGGGUCGCCAUGUGGCGCCUGGGCGUCUCCCACAGCUACACCCUAGAGGUGGCUUUCAGCGGCUCCACGCUGGGUGGAAGGAAAUCCCACUUCAGCGUGCAGGACCUGGAGUCGCUGGGUCGCCUCCUCUGUGACACCCUGCUCGACUUCUGCGACCCUGCACCCGCCAAGCUCCAGCAGUGCCUGGUGGAGGCGGACACGCUGCUGCAGCGGCAGGUGGGUCGUGAGCCAGGCUCUGGAGGCAGCUGGAGCGAUGUGUCCCCCUCAGAGCUUGAGUCCAGCACCAGUGGCUCCGACAGCUCCGUGUCCGACGUGAUCCCAGGUGACUUCCACAGCCCUGACCGGCCGAUGGAGCCACGCAGGAGGAAGCGACUGCAGAGACGCAGAGCAAGGAAUGUCCUGCCCCAAACCAACCGGAGCCGCACCAGCGUCCCGGUGAGCCUGGAG